GAGCAUUUGUUCCGUAAAAAAACAUUUCCAAAUCUGCAAGGGCUCUUUGAUGUUUUUGAAAUCUGUUUUUACUCCAGGUAAAUGAGAAAUUAUGUUUUCAGCUCUUGUCUUCACAGCUAAAUUUCCACAAGUUUUGCUCCAUUUUGUAACUCCAUCUUUUCCCAUGUAUAUAUCAUUUGAUGUGCACGUUGUAGCCUCGGACAGGUGAAGUAUAUCUUCCUCAUCUAUUUCUUGCUCUGUAUCAGAAUUUGUAGACCUUUCACUAUUAUUUUCUUCUGCUUCCGAUCCAGAUGCUGCUUCUUGUUCUAGCUGCUCAUUUUCAGAAAUUUCUGCUCCUACUUCUUCCCAUAGCUUCAAUAACCUCUCUUGCUCUUUUUCCCAGUGCAACAUACUAAAAAUAUACCUGAGGUAAUUCAAAUUAAAUAAAAUUACAAAAAAACUCACCUUGAAAAAUGAAUGGAGCCACUAAAAAUAAAAGUGUACGGUGGGGUAUGAUUGAAAAUUCUUAUGUAGCGGUAUCGGUACGGUGGGGUAUCACAUGCACAAUCGCAAAGUGACGCACAUAGCACGGGCGACGGUCAGUCAUCCACUGAGCGCUUCAUGUUUCCGUGAUUAUUAAGGUCUUAUCCGAAGAUACACGAAAUCUCGCGAAGCUGCUGGCCAUUUAUGAUCUGUUAUGACGAGGUAAAGUGCGUUGGGGUAUAUUAUACCCCACCGUACCAACGCCGGGUUAAGAAUAGAAAAAGGCCCAGACGAUGGUGGAUGAUACAAAUUCAUCGCAAUAGAACAAGGUUUGUAUUUGUUUUUAACUUCGAAAGAAUAAAUGUGAUAGUUCUAUUAUUAUCUCCUAUAGCAUACACGAGUAUAAAACAAAUUAACGUAUAUUGUCUCUUUCAGCUUAAGUAUGGAAAAUAAACUGGGAGAACUAGUUGCUGAACCAAGUGGAUAAUUCAAAAGGUUUACACGAAUGUCAACUGUAGAUUUUGAAUUUUUCCUUAACAAGAUUUCUCAACUAAUUACCAAACAAGAUACACAACUGCGAACAGCUUUACCAGCCCGAAUGCGUCUUGCAAUAACACUGAGAUACUUGGCUACAGGAGAUAGCUUUCAAAGUCUUCAUUUUUUAUUUAAAGUGUCACCUCAAUUGAUUUCAACAAUUAUUCCAGAAGUAUGUGAAGCACUUAAUCAAGUAUUACAAACAGAAAUAAAGAUUCCAUCAUCUCUAGAAGAAUGGUUGGAAAUUGAAAAAGGAUUUAGUUUUAAAUUUCCUAGAGCUAUCGGUGCAAUAGAUGGCAAACAUAUUAUUCUGAAAUGUCCUCCUAACUCAAGCUCAGAUUACUUCAACUACAAGAAAAAUUUUAGUAUUGUGCUUAUGGCAAUAGUCGAUAGUAAAUAUAAAUUUAUUUUUGCUGAUGUUGGUGGUCAGGGAAGGAUAAGUGACGGAGGAAUUUUUAGAAACACUUUGUUAUGGGACAUGAUUUCUAACAAUACUCUAAAUUUACCAGCACCACGUCCAAAAUAAAAAAUAUAAAUAUGCCGUAUGUGUUUUUGGAGACGGUGCAUUUGCACUGUACACGCAUAUUAUGAAACCUUAUCCUGGAAAUCAUGAUAAGAAUAGCC